AUGGUGGGAGCACCAAGUUCUAUGCCCGUGUCUGAGGUUCUGCCUACUUGGGCGAUUAAUCUUAGCACCAAUGAUGGUGCAAUUAGAGUGGAAGACAACACUACUGAUGGUGUUGUCCUUGUUGAUACGGGCACUACUGAGGGUGACCCGAGUGAACAAAGCAUAGAAACAGAUGAGGAAGCAGAGAGUGAUAUUGAGACUGUGAAUGAUUCUGAGGUGGCUAAAGAAGUAGAUAAGUCGUCAAAUGUAAAAGAAGUUAUAGUAGAGGUAACGUUUACUUUACAACAGAUACCUAGACCUCCUUCUCUAUUUCCUCAAAGGCUCAAGAAGAAAGCUGAAGAUGGGAAAUUUGCUAAGUUCAUAUCUAUUCUUCAGCAUCUAUCAGUGAACAUUCUGUUGGUAGAAGAUUUGGAGCAGAUUGCUAUUGCUACUAGGUCUUUGGUGCAAAAGAAGGAAGACCCAAGUGCAUUCACUAUACCAUGCACUCUUGGCGUUUUUGAGUUCGCAAAAACCCUAUGUGAUCUGGGGGUGAGCAUCAAUUUAAUGCUAUUAGCUAUAUACAAGCAACUGGGGUUGGGGGUUCCAAAACCCAUCGCAUUGAGGUUGAUGAUAGUAGAUAGAGAGGUGAAGCGGCUUGUGGGUAUUUUGUGUGAUGUACUUGUGAAAGUGGAAAGUUUCAUUUUCCCUGCUGACUUUGUGAUUCUGGAUUGCGAAGUAGAUUUUGAGGUUGCCAUAAUUUUAGGAAGUCCAUUUUUUGCCACAAGCAGAGCUUUAGUUAAUGUUGAGAGUGGGGAGCUGAAAUUUUGA